UUUCGUUUGAGGGUGCUGCUGUUGAGUUGCGCAUCGUUGUGUUUUACUGUGUCAAUUGCUAAAUGAUUCCAACAAAGCACUGUAAAUCAGUAUUAUUAAACUUUCAAGUUGAUUAUUCUUAUUGAUAAAUACGUUAAUUCUACAGUAUUUUUAAAAAGUGGCUUCAUACAUCAUAGUUAUCUAAUAGUAAAUAGUUUCACAGAUAAUCGAAGACAAAAUGGCGCAUAUGAGUCCGACAACUACUUGGGAUAAAAAUACCGGUAUGCCUUUAGUUUGGAGCAGACCUGUUCCAGUUGACAUGGCUGCUUGCUGGGUGCUAUACAAUAAUUUUGCUGGAUUAGACAUUAAUGCUGGUGGGCAAAAUGGAAAACAGCCAAACGGGAGAUAUGUUCCUCCUCAUCUUCGAUCUCGUCAACAUUCCCAAGCUGAUCCUUCUUCUGUUAAUCAAACACAUUGGAAUGUAAAUCAAUAUGGACAACCAGCUGAACAAAAGCGGUCCCCUGAGUGGCAAAAUAAUCAAAUGCAAGAUUGGGAGAGAAAAAAUCAAUACAAACAAAGAGGAACUUUUAAUAAAGAAGCUGCUGCAGCUGCUCAAGCAUAUAAUCAAGCACCUUCUCAGAACAUCCAUCAAGAAUCUUACAUGCACAACAGCAUGAGUAGUGAACAAAAUGAUCCUCAAAAAUUAAAUGUUCAAGAUGAUCAAUCUGGAAAUGACAAAAACAGGAAUUUUGGAAACUUCAACAGAAAUAAAAAAGUUGGACAAGAUCAGUUUCGCCCCAAUUCAUAUCAAGCUCGAAAAAAUGAUGGUGGUAGGACAUGGAGAGAUCCAGAUUCAAAAGUUGAUAGUAGGGACUGUAAUCGAUGGGAUAGGAGAAGUGGGAUGCAAAGGAAUGAUGAUGAAGAGGAAGAUUGGGUUCGACCUCUACCUAGAGAUGAACGUGUUGAAAGGCAAUUAUUUGGUCAGGGCCAUACUGGCAUUAAUUUUGAGAAAUAUGAAGAUAUUCCUGUGGAAGCUACUGGAGAAGAUUGUCCACAACAGAUAGGAAAUUUUCUGGAGAUGCCCCUGACAGAGUUAGUCAGAUUUAACAUCGAGAUGGCUAGCUAUAAAAUUCCAACUCCUGUUCAGAAACAUGCAAUGCCUAUUAUUCUAAACAAACGAGACCUGAUGGCAUGUGCUCAGACUGGAUCUGGUAAAACAGCAGCAUUUUUAAUGCCCAUUUUAAAUCAGAUAUUUGAAGAUGGCCCACCUAAAAAUCCUCCUGUGCUGUUUCUGCAACAGGCCCAACCUCAGUCACGUUAUCCUGGACGUAUGAAACAGUAUCCCAUGGCUCUCGUAUUGUCUCCAACUAGAGAAUUGGCAUGUCAAAUUUAUGAAGAGGCAUGCAAGUUCUCUUAUCGAUCUCGUGUAAGACCAUGUGUUGUUUAUGGAGGUGCUGAUCCUGUGCAACAGAUGAAAGAUUUAGAUCGUGGCUGUCAUUUAUUAGUUGCUACUCCAGGACGAUUGGUGGACAUGAUAGAAAGAGGGAAACUAAGCCUUGAAUUGGUAAAAUAUCUUGUGCUGGAUGAAGCUGAUCGUAUGUUGGAUAUGGGAUUUGAACCUCAAAUUCGUCGAAUUGUGUUGGAAGAUAAUAUGCCACCAUUGGGUAAAAGGCAAACACUGAUGUUUUCUGCUACAUUUCCUAAAAAAGUUCAGGAGCUGGCCCGAAAUUUUCUGAAUAAUUAUAUUUUUCUGGCUGUUGGUCGUGUUGGAAGUACUUCUGAAAACAUAACUCAAAAAGUUGUGUGGGUCGAUGAACAUGAUAAAAGAUCAUUUCUUUUGGAUCUUCUGAAUGCAGCUGGAUUAAAGAAUUCUGUGAAUUCAAGAGACUCAUUGACAUUAACGUUUGUGGAAACUAAAAAAGGAGCGGAUGCCCUGGAGCAAUUUCUUUCUAAAGAAGGAUAUCCUGUCACUAGUAUCCAUGGAGAUCGAUCUCAGAAAGAGAGAGAGGAAGCUCUGUGGUCUUUCAGGACGGGACGAACACCUAUCUUAGUUGCUACUGCAGUUGCUGCUAGAGGCUUGGAUAUACCUAAUGUUAAACAUGUGAUUAACUUUGAUUUGCCAAGUGAUGUGGAAGAAUAUGUGCACAGAAUUGGUCGUACUGGUAGAGUGGGAAAUUUAGGUUUGGCUACAUCAUUUUUCAAUGAGAAAAACAGGAAUAUGGCUUGUGAUUUAGUAGAGCUCAUAACAGAAACUCGUCAAGAGUUACCAGAUUGGCUUGGUGCUUUGGCUAAGGAAGUUCAAUUAGAACAUCGCUCCAACACUGGACGUAAAUAUGGAGGAAGGAAGUAUGGUGCUGGUGGUUUUGGAUCUCGAGAUUACCGUCAAAUUGGACGGGAGCGCGGGGGAGGCAAUGCCAGUCGUACAAUCCCUCCUGCAAAUUUUGCUUCUCCAAAUUUCGCCACUCCUUACAACGGAAAUCAUUUCAUGAACACAUAUCGGAAUAAUUACAGUGGAAAUUAUGCUGCUCCAGCUACUGAUUGGUGGGGUAAUUAAAAAGGACAUGCUCUUACCACUGGCAUAUGUAUAAUUUGUUAUAUUUUCUUCAUGAAUAGGAAGAAAAUGGUAAUUGUGCUGUGUUGUCAGUGCAUCAAUGUGGCUUGUUGGAUUCAUUUAUCAUGCACAGUAGAUGAAAUUAUGAAUGUUUUUAGUUGAGUAACUGUUCAAGGGACAAUAAAGGAAAUCAGCAGCAGCACCAAAUGCAUGAGAUGAUUGAUAAAAGGGUAGUUUUAUUUAAUACAUAUAUAUAUAUAUACAUAUUACUUUGCUUUAUGGUGAUUGUGGCUUUUUGAAUGUCAUUUUGCUCUGUAUGUGGCAGUAGUUAACAUUCGCCAGUGGUUUAUGUUUGUUUAUUUAAUUGCACUAAGUAUCAUAUAGUGGUAGUCUUUUUCAGUCCCCAUUGCUGCUAAUUAUUUAAGAUUAUUUUACUACUCAAUGUUAUAAAAUUUUGUGCCAUGGAAUGAAUUAAUCAAUCAUGGUAUUUAUAUUAAUUUUUUAGUGAUGUGUUAUGUAUAAUUUUGCUCAGAGUUGCACAAUUUUAUUAUCUAGCCAUUCCAUUAAGGCAUGGUGAAACAAUUUAGCUUCUCGGAGUUAAGUAAAUAACACAAAAAAAAACUCAGAAACAUGAGGGAAAAAAAAGCUGGGAUAAAUAAAAGGCAAAAAUCUUCACCAGUUUGCCUUCUUAUUCAAAGUAGAAUUUAUUCAACAUUUAUGUGUUGUGUAUUUUGUUUUACAAAUAAGUCAUUUUUUAACUUCAUGCUACUUAUUUCAUCACUUUACACUUGUCACGUUUUGUUCAUUUCUUCUUGAUAAGAGCUUGGUGUUUUGUGACAUUUUCUUUUUGUUUUAGAUCUGGUUAAAACAUGGGAAAUCAUUGUCUCAUGUAUUGUGCAAUAGUUGACUAUAACUUUUCCUAUAUACAUUUUUGUUUUUAAUUCCUUUUGUAUGUAUUCUGUUAACUUCAGUUUACUCCGCUGAAUGUUGAAUAAUGUGAUGGUAUGGGAGUGAUUGCGUGAAUGUGAUACUGAGUCAUUGUGCAAAUACGAUAAAUUGUAAAUUCUAAAAGCUAGAAUUGAUAGCAGUUUUUCAUUAACAAAAUAAAUGUACAUAACAUUAUUUUCAAGAAGAAUUUGUGUUGUAUUUCUUCUCUGAGACCAGCAUUUACAAAAUACUUGUCCAGCAAGAUCCGUCGCUAUUGGGUGCUGGUUUUACACAUCAUAUUCCUCCAUUUUUCAGAAGUACAUUUUAAAGUGCAUUUUUGAAAUGUGGCUGUUCCCAACUGUCUCUAUAAAUGGUAGAACCAUGAAGUAGGUAAAAGCAAGCAGCAGCAGCAAGGGGGCCUAUAUUUCUAUUUAUAACUUUAUAUGAAGUAUUACUGUUUUAGGCUGUGUGUAUGUAUGCGUGUAGUGUUCUUGCAAUAUUUGUGACAUUUCAAUGUUUUUUGCCGUCCCAAAGCGCGGUUUGAGCAGUAGCUCUUGUUUUUCCAAGUUGGCAUUUGAAAACAAAGUGACAUGCAUAAGUUUGUUUCAUUAUAAAACAUAUUAACAUACUAGUAGAAUUUUUAUUUUAAUCUUUUACAAAAAUUGUAUCUAAAGUAUUUCUUAAGACCUCAUAGCCUGGUUUGUUUACUUAUGGUGUUAAUAUUUUAAUACUGUCACUUUGCAUAUGAUUUUUGUCAUGAUUGUUCUAACUUUCCUUGUUUAAGACAUGAAUAUGUUCUGUGUUUUAACUUAUUUGCCGUGAUUGUUGAUUUUAUUUAUUCAAAAUUGAAAAUGUCUUAAAUGAGGUUAUUGUUGUCUUAAUGAGUAUUUAUCAGCCUUGUUACCAAUAAAAGGUUGAUUAACAAAGCCUAUGAUAUGAAAAUAAUGGCCAUCAAGGUUACCUUUUUUAUAUGUGUCAUGUUAAUUUUUUACCAUGCCUCAAAUAGAGGUUUACCCAUUUGCUAAUUAAAUUGCUCAGUUCGUGAGCAAAUUUUGGCAGGUUGGCUUUUGUGUUGUGAAAGUAUUAAAUUCAUUUCUGUUUCUCUGAGGAACACAUUUUUCAUUAGCAUUUACAAAAGAAAGUUGUGAGCUGUUCUUGAGUAUAGGCCUGCAGUUUGUUGUAUAUUUUUUAAGGAAUCAUUAGCAGUACCUUAUUUUGUAUAGAAUCUUUUAUUCCUGUAUUCAAUGAGUGUUUAAAAUUAGUCGAAUUUUUUUAUUGUUUUUGACGCAUUCCGGUGAUUCUGCAAAAUCAGUUUGGAAUCUGAUAAAUUGUUCAGUAAUUAUUUUUGUUAGCAACUAAAAGCGUUUUCCUAAUCCUAACAUUUUGAAAGUUUUUUCAGUAAUUUUAAAGUUAUUGAUUUGACCAACCUGCAUUUCUUAGUCUCAUUGGAUUUUGUGUCAUUACAAUUCAAGAUGAGAUGCAAUAUAUUUUUGUAUUAUGUUAAAUGGUGCUCUGUGUACCUUUUUCUUUCUGAAUCGAACAUUUUCAGGCUUUUUUUUUUAAAUUAAAAAAUGAACCUGCAAUCCAUAUAUUUUAAAUAAAAAAAUUUCAGCAUAAUUUGAAAUUUUUUAUUGAGUCAGUAGGUACAAUUUUAUUUACUGAUGUUUUAAAUUUAUAUCUCAAGGCAAUUUUUAAGAACGGUGAUUGUGAUGAAAAUGUGUUGUUAAAAAGUUUUGUGUUCACAAUUACAGAUAUAUGUGUUGCUUUAUUUAACUUAAACCCAUGAACUGUGAUACUUUUUAGAGUUACAGUUAUUUCUCAGUUAUUUUUUCCCUUUUGUAUAUUGUAAAUUUUAUCUAUUUUAAAGAAAUUUAAAUUUCCUAUCUUGAGCUUAAACUUAUUUACAGGAAGUAGCUUAUAAAAAGCAACUUUCAAACUAAGCACUCAAUUUUAGAGAAUUUGUUUGAAUUUGAUUAUUCAGGAAGGUUGAUAUACAGGUUCAACUGAACUAAAUAUACUACUGGAAAUUCUUGUGCAUCAUGUUUUAUUCAGCAGGGGCCAAAAAUUCACGCAUUUAUUUGCACUAAUGAGACUUUUAACUAAUUUUCACUAAGAUAUUCAGUGUCAUUGUUUCAUGUUAAAAUUAAUCAAACAUACUUGAUAAGAACGCUGGUCUGAUAUUGGCCCCAUUAAUGUGCACAUGUGCAAGUGCCUCUAAACUCACUAGAUAGCAUGUAUAAUUACAUACUUCAAACUUUAGUCUUCCCAAUUUAAAAUUAUAAUUUUGCACUGUCAUUUUUUUGUUUAGUUCUUCACAGAUAAAAGAAACGUUUGUUCUACUUUAAAAUUCCAUAUUUUUUAACUACCUUAAGUGUUUUUAAUUUCUUUUCAAGUUAAAGGAAAAAAUACUUAUUCAUAGGGAAUAUUGAUGCACUCGUUUAUAGAAGUUGUAGAUUAAUUUGUAUAUUUAUAUUUGUUGUUUUUAUCAUAAGUUAUUGUGCAGCUAAUAUUAGCUGAAAGCAUCUUAAACCCAUGAAGAAAUGAAAACCAGUUUGAGUAGCCAUUGUUACAAAUCUGUAUAUAUUAUUUAAGAACAUAGUGUACAGGCCAAACUUUUCAUCAGUUCACUUGAAUUAACACCCCAUCUCGCAUUCAAGCUUCUAGUCUGUAAAAAAGUUCUCUUGUAAAAAUGUUAAAUCAUAUUCUAAUAAUAUUCGAAAUCUUCGUUUUUCAUUGUGUGUUUAAAAUUUUUUGAUGCUUCAAUUUUCUUUCCUCCGCAUCAAAUCUUAUGGAAAUUGUUCUCAUUUUGUUACUUUUUUAAAAACUUUUAAUGUUUCCAUGUGUUUAUUUAAAAUUUUGCAUUCCAAUAGAAUUUAUUAGCCUUAGGUUGUUUUUAUUUUAUAUACAUUAGUGCCUUACCGUGCAUUUUUAAGUGCAUGAUUACAUGGGUACUGCAAUUUUGUCGAAAUAUUUCUAUGUGCGAUGGGGUGAUAACAAAAAUCAUUUUGUACUUAAAUUGCAUUGUCUGUGAUAGCAUUAAUUAUGUGGCAGUCACAGAUCUAACUGAAGAGCACAAAUGUAAAACUGAGACCAAUCUCUUUUUUGGUGUAUUUUAUUAAAGAUCUGAGUGCUGUUAGUGGAAAUAUUUGAAUAUUAGCUUUGGGAGCUCUCACCAAAAUGUGUUCUGUACUCUCCCAUGUAAUGUAAAUAUUUAAGUUAUCUUCAAAUGGUCUUUGCUCUAAGUGAAAAGUUUUAAACAAAAAAAAAAAGUUGGUGUGUUAUUCUUUGAAUAAUUUUCUUAUAGAGAAAAAAAUGCUAUAGUGAAUAUUAGCAGUUUUCUUUUGUGAAUUUUCAGAUUUAAAAGUUUGUAUUUUGAUAAAUCAGUACAUCAGAGCUUCGAGCUUUCUGGUAAGUAAAUUAUUGAAAGCACAUUUUCUGUGUGAAGUUAAAUGAGGGAGAAAUUCUUGCAUUUUAAAAGAAGAGAUUUUUCAGACAAGGUUUAAGAUCUUGCAUGUACAUAGGCUUUGUAUUAGAAUCACGUGGGAUGGCAAAAAUAAAGUAAUAGUUCUUGUAUUUGUUGUAUCAUGGUUGACUCCUCCCAAAGAAAAAAAAGUGAGAGAGGUUUGAACCAUUUUUCUAAUGUAAACUUGCUGUGAAUUAAGAAAAAUUAAAGAUAAUUAACAGAC